AUGAAGGACAUUUCAAGAAGAAUCUUUGAAAAAGAAAAUUAAGCAGAAGUUUCCAAUAAUCCUAGACAAUUGAAUAAAUCACUGACUUAGUUGGUGUCAUUGACAAUGAUAAACAAUACUAGAAAAGCUGAAUUUAAAGGCAUAGAUAUAAAGAAUACUCAAGUAUCUGUUUCUCAAAGACCACUUGUAUUUUGUAAGCCUGAGCAGAGAGUUAAAACGCUGAAAACUAUACCAUCACCAUAAAAAUAAUCCUAAGAGAGGAGCAACGAAAGUCAAUCAAAGGAAUUAUGUAACUUAAUAUAAAACUACUCAGAGCCUAUUUUGGAUUAUUAUACUAAAUUGGAUACUGAAACUCCUAAAAAUAGUUUAUAAAACCAUUCCAUAAAUGCCAAUUUGAGAGCCAAAAUGAUAGAUUGGAUAGUUGAAGUUCUUUCAUCUUAUAAAUGCAAGGACCAAACUUUUCAUUUAUCAAUAAGAUUGAUGGAUUUGUAUUUAUCAAAAACUACUCAGAAACAUCUUCCAUAAGACUUACAUUUAGUUGGAGUCUCAUCAAUGUUUAUAGCAUGUAAAUAUGAGGAAAUCUAUCCUGUGAAAUUGCAGGUAGUUUAUGAAAAAAUUGCACACAAAAAAUUAUCUAAGGAGGAAAUCAAGGAUAAAGAAGCAAAUAUAUUAUAAGUUCUUGAUUUCAAUUUGAAUGGAACUACUAUAUUAGAUAUCAUAACAAUGGUCUUAUCAAUUCUCAAUCUACAUCAAUAGUUAUAUGAAGCUGCUAAUUUUUUAGCAAAAUUAGCUUUGUUUGAUUAUGAAUUUGUCAACCAAUACUCAUAUUUGUAGUUAGCAUGCGCAGUUUUAAUUGUUAGCACAAAGACUAUUGAAUAGAUUGAUUAAAAUUUAUCAUCAGAAGUGACAAUUCCACUGAUUAUAUCAACAUUAAAAUUAGAUUAUCAAGAUUCCAUUGCUUGUGCCAAUAGAUUAUUAUAAUUGGCUAAGGGAUUUGAUAAACAGUUCCCUAAUUUUGAAAAUCUUAAAAAAUUCAGUAAGUUUCAAAUUUCAGACAUUAUGUAAACCUAAUGUUGA